GCCCAAGGCGGUCGUGACUACAUUACCCAUGAGGCGCUGCGGCGGCCGCCGGAAGCGCUGUGCCGCCGUAGGGGGGUGUGGGAGGAGGGCCUCUUCCUUUCCGGCGUGGGGCGCCAUCGGGUGCGGGCAGGUAGCCAGCCAUGGGUGCCUACAAGUACAUCCAGGAGCUAUGGAGGAAGAAGCAGUCGGACGUGAUGCGGUUCCUCCUCCGCGUGCGCUGCUGGCAGUACCGCCAGCUCUCUGCCCUGCACCGCGCUCCCAGGCCGACCAGGCCGGACAAGGCUCGCAGGCUGGGAUAUAAGGCCAAGCAAGGGUAUGUUAUCUACCGUGUCCGUGUUCGCCGUGGUGGCCGCAAGCGCCCAGUCCCAAAAGGUGCAACCUAUGGCAAACCUGUGCAUCACGGUGUUAACCAGCUGAAGUUUGCCCGGAGCCUCCAGUCCGUCGCAGAGGAGCGUGCUGGCCGUCACUGCGGGGCUCUGAGAGUGUUGAACUCCUACUGGGUGGGAGAGGAUUCCACGUACAAGUUUUUCGAAGUGAUCCUGAUCGACCCCUUCCACAAGGCCAUCAGGCGCAACCCUGACACGCAGUGGAUCACCAAGCCUGUCCACAAGCACAGGGAGAUGCGUGGCCUCACGUCAGCUGGGCGGAAGAGCCGCGGUCUGGGCAAGGGCCACAAAUUCCAUCACACCAUCGGUGGCUCGCGCCGCGCUGCUUGGAGGAGACGCAACACCCUGCAGCUGCACCGCUACCGCUAAUUCUUGUAAACACAACGAUCUAAUAAAGCUGAGCGGGUUCUUGAAUUUAACUAAACAGUGCUUCUGCUGCUUCUUGUCUUACGCGGAGAAGUGUAGAGCUCUCCAGGAGUUCAGUUGUUUCCAUAUUUUGAAAGUGUUUUGAAAAUGUCAUUGGGUAUUUGUGAAAAUUCUAGACCCCGAACCUAGAAGCCUUGUGGUGGGUUUCACUUUUGAUAAGGCUGUGCAGUGUGAAUUGAGUGCUCUAUGGCUAGUCCACGCUCUUUUUUGCUGAUGUGAGUAUAUUUCUUCACUGUCCGCAGGUGGGAGUCACUUUCCUGUGUUUAGACCAAAGGCCUGCUUUGAUCUUGUGCAAUGAGAUGUAAACUGAAAGUGCUAGUUUAUUUUUUACAGGUGAUUAAAUACUAAUGAAAAUUUAA